AUGGAGCAGUAUUUGCUGCAGCUACCGAAGCGUCUGGCGCAGGAAGUUCGUACCGGUAUCUCAAGCGGCGAAUCUGCAAAUGUAGACAUGGUAUCAGGAGCGGAUAACAAACACUUUACGCUGCAUGUGAACGGCAAGAAGUAUCCGGCCAAGAUUGCACAAUUACCGUGUAUUUUAGAGACGCACAAGACGUACGAUGAUAACUUUUUCUACAAAAGUGGGGAGAUUGGACAGAUAUUCGUGGUGACGGAUAAAGAGGACGAGAAAAAGCUACUAGAGACGCACGAGGAAGUGCCAAGUGGAAUCACACCACCAAAUACCAACGUUGUGAAGCGAAAAUAUGAAAAGACCAAGAAAACCACGCCAUUUCCGAAACCUGAUGUCGCUCGGGUGGAAGAAGAUUUGGUAAAGAUCAUUGCAGGUGGGCCAAUUGAAGAUGUACAUGAGGAACUAGUGGACUUCUACGACUGGAUGGUAGACGACGAACAUCCACAUGGGAUUACAGUAACAGACGAGAUGGAGCUUAUUCGUGAACACCCAGAGUAUCUCACCUUGUCGGAAGAACCGACGAAGAAGCAGCAAAAGAUGACGCCACCGAGCGCAGGGUAUAGCACAGUGCCAGGAACAGCCACUGCGUCGAUUAUAAACACACCACUCGCCACGGACGUUGGUUCGGAGGCUGAGUCACAGACUGACGGGAAGGCUUCUGCGCAGCGCUCUCCAGCUUUUGCGCCGACGCCAAGUCCUGGGCUCUCACCCAUGCAGCUGCAUUCAUCCACUAGUCGCGACCAAGACGAAGAUAAGGAGGUGGACAUGCUGGAAGAUGACAUCCUGGAUGGUAUGGAUACGAAACCGGCCUCACCGCCUCGGCAGAAGGCAUACUUGACGGACUCGGACUACCUCAAAUUGUUGGCCAUCCGCGAGCGAUUACAGAAGUCGCUGCGCGAUGCCGACCGCGAUAUGAGCGAGCUCAGUGCCAAAGUCGCUGCCAAUUCGAACAUCAUUGUUAAGAAUCGCUUCAAGCAAAUGCUUGAGGCAGCGCACAAGCAGCGAACUGAAAUCGCGACGGAGCUGGACAACGUUACAGCCGAGAUUUCUACGUUUGAGUCGAGCUGA